CAACUAUUAAUAUCCAUAGUCUAGAAACAGAAAUCCAGUUUAUCUGAUGUCAGUCCUGACGCCAAUCUGAUUAACUGUGGAGAGUUUUCUGUGCUUGUCGUCCCUAAUUUUGAAGUCAUAGACUAGAUGAAAAGCAACUAGUCAGCACCACUCACCGCCAACUCUUGGACUACUCUUUACCAAUGAAUAGGCGAGAUUAACGUUCAAUGAUGGAACUUGAUCCGCAAAUUGCGAGUCGAGCGUUCGAACCACCAGAGGAAGACGAAUUUUGUCAAGACCUGCAGAGUAAAGAGUUCGGAUAAGACUUGCACUCGAGAGAGGGGAGAGUUUUCACAGGAAAACAGCUAGUUUUCACGCAAUUUUAUCAGUGGAGUAUUAUCAGCGACGGGAAGUAUGUUUGAAGAUAUUUCAACCAAUCCUGUUGAAAUGGCACAUGUUAGCGACAUACUGUACAAGGAGGAUAGGAGUCAAUUCUUGGAGCCUCCGCCUAAGUCCAGAUGUUUUCAGUUCCGAUCAAAAAAGAGAAAACAAAAAAGUGACGAUGACAACCUCAGUAUAUUAAGUUUCGAUAUUUCCCUUCUAAAAGAAGAAUCAAAGUCAAAGCGAAAAAAGAGACUUUCGAGCUUUGGAUCAUUAGCAUCGUUGCUGUCUCCGGCUAAACCAGUAAAGAGGGUGGGAAAGAUAAUUCAGCGUUCCGUAAGCAGUUUCAAUGUAGCAUCCAGUAACAUGUCGGUUGCAGCCUCUCCCACCCUCAUGCUUCGGAAUAAAAACUCUAGUAAACUGUGCAGAAUGAACAUGUCAGAAAAUUCUUUUUCCUCUCUCUCACCCUACAAACAACCCAAAGCAACUCCAAGGAAAUUCAGAUCUUCUCGGCUAUGGCUGGACACUUUCUCCCAGGAAAAGGCUAAGGAGAUGAAAGAAAACAUGAACCCCAAAGAGCUGAAGCAUCAAGAGGCAAUAUUUGAAUUGUAUCAGGGAGAAGAUGAUUUGGUUGAAGACUUGAAGUUGGUGCUACAGACGUAUCGUCACUCUCUCUUCCAGCUGGGAAUCCUAUCUAGUGAAGAACUGGGAUCGAUAUUUGGUCCUAUGGAUAACAUUUUAUCACUCCAUCAAGGUAGCUAUCCUGAAUAGGCUGGAUGAAGAGAGAAAUGAAAUCAAUAUAUUACA